AUGUUUCCAGAAGGCUUAAUAGCAUUUGCCAAAUUCAAAAGUUUCAAUCAACUAAGCACAAAUGCCAACAAAAAGAAAAGAGACCCAUAUUUGGUGGCAAGUAUCAACCAAAGAAAAUUGUGCUCUCCCCGAGGUAUCCACGUCACAAUCGCUGGAAGAAUUGACGGAGAAAACGCCACCUUCAUCGACGUGGUUAGCGUCAACGGAACAGAGACAUGGAGUAGAAGCGUCUUUUCCCGCGGGUUCCGCAACAUUGAAGAAGCCGUAAAAACUAAUUGGGGACGCAAGGUGUUCGGAGAAGUUCAAGAAGGACUUUGCCCCGAACAUCGCCGUCGGAGUGAGGUGGUUCCGGCGGGGGACAGCGAAGUGAGAGGAAGGUGUCACCAGAAGCAUGCUCUGAACAGUGGGUAG